AUGCGACGAGCAGCCCUCCUCGCCCUCUGCUCGGCCGCCCCCGUCCUGGCCGGGCAGGGCAUGACCAUGUCCGCGGACAACAUCGACGAGUACUGCUUCUAUUCGAUCUACACCACGCUCUCGGGGUAUACCUUUGAGGGGAGCGUGACAAUCGAGCAGAAUACAGGCGGUAGCUCGCAUGGGAGUUCGUCGUCGUCGAGUGGGCAGGACUCGUCUUCCUCUUCCUCUUCUUCAUCUUCAUCUUCCACUGACCAUGGCGCGUCUGAUUCGACGUCCUCGUCCUCGUCCUCGUCUUCGUCUUCGUCCUCGUCGACUGAGCACGGCACCUCUUCAACCACCGACACCACGUCCACCCUCCACGGAAGUAGCCGGCGUCUACUCCGCCGCGGCCACGGGGGCGGCGGCACCUCGACAGGCCCCUGCAACAGCACCGUCGAAGUGACAUCCAUGUACGCGAGCGCGAAGGCAUGGUGCAACAAGGCGCAGCUGGCCGUCACGAUCCCCUACUGGCAAGGUCUAUGCGAGAAGAACAGUCUUACGCUUAUGGAUCUCACGGACAUCGAGAGUAAGGUUACGGACGAGUAUAUCGCGGCUCUGCCGAGCAUUGACCCGGAGAUGAACUCUACUACGGCUAUGGGGACGAUUGAUCAGGUGGUGCUCCUGAGUGAGGGUUAUUAUAAGAGGGCUUAUAAGAGUUAUGUGACGCACGACUACGCCCUCAUCAAAGACAAGCGCUUCGGAUGGGGGAUCAUGGGCUACUGGGGCGGGAUCCUCGUGCUCGCAAUGGGCGCAAAGUUCAUCUCGUUUAUCUCGACGCAUCGCCAUGCCUCUCUUUCUCGCUCCGACGCCGAGUCCAGCGGCACCCGCGCCCCAUCCCCCUCCACCUCUACCUGGAAGCCAUUCCACUACCUCAAGACCUACAUCGCCAUCCCAGCCUCCUUCACCCCCCUCCUAAACAACCACCAGCAAGUCCUCUGGCACCACACCAUCCCACGGCGGCUCGACCUGCUCAUCGUCUCCGGCUUCUGGGCCCUCUGCAUCAUCCUCUCGUGCGUCGACUACCAGAGUUUCAGAGGGAAUAUCGAGUACGUUAACGCCCCUUCCCCUUUCCCAUCCCCUAUCUCACCUAUCCCCCCUCCCGGCUCUAACGCGGGCGUGUGCCAGGACCCCAAGCGUCUUCCAGCAGAACUGGCAGCGCUCGUCCGACCGCACGGGGAUCCUCUCGUACGCGUGCCUCCCGUUCCUGUGGCUGUUCGGCGGCCGCAACAAUGUCUUCCUGCAACGAUCCUCAUGUCCUUCAUGCUCGUGCAGUCCAUGACCUACCUGCGAGCAAAGGGAUACGAAACCUUCCUGAUCCUGCAUAUCGUCUUCGCGAUUGUCGUCAUCUACGCUCUUUUCAGACACACCUCCUUCGACGGCACAAAAUGGAACGGCUACCUCUGGCCCAUGGUCGCAAUCUGGGCCUUCGACCGCAGCAUCCGCCUCCUCCGACUCGCCUACUGCAACCUAAACGUGCGGUUCGGGAAACAAUGCACCGGCACGUCCUCGACAGCGCAGUACUUCGCAGACAGCGAUCUGAUAAAGGUGGAACUCACACCCGCAUCAUCGAUCACGCCGCGCCCAGGUCAGCACUACUACCUCUACCAGCCAGUUAGUCUGAAAGGAUGGGAAAACCACCCGUUCACACUGGGCGCAUAUAUCCCUUCUCGAGGGACAAAGGGCGCCGGCACUGGCUCUGUCGCCGGCGCAGCGUCAAAGCUAAUCUUCUACAUCCGGCCCUACGACGGCUGGACAAGGCGGCUGCGCGACCAGUGCCGGAAGUCAAAGUCAGGGGGGGUCAUUCACCCGACACUCCUCCUUGAAGGGCCGUAUGGGCAUGUUGCGCCGCUGCAUGCAUUCGACACGGUGCUUAUGGUUGUGGGCGGGACGGGGAUUGCGGCUGCGGUGCCGUAUCUCAUUGAGCAUGUGUCGCGCUCGAAAUGUGGGAAGACGCGCACGACGCGGAUCAAGCUUGUUUGGUCGGCGCGGACGGAUGAGAUGUUUGAGAGGGUGUUUUGUGGUGAGUUGGCCCGGUUGCUUGGGUGUGGGGAUGUUUCGACGACGUUCUAUUGCACGAGCUCUAAGGGGGCGGUGCCUUUAUUGAAAAUGGAGGAGAGGGAGAAGGAGGCGGACGUUGCGGUCCUUCCUACGGAGAAGACCUCGUUGAGCAGCAAUGUGUCCAGCGAUGAUCAUGAGAUCGUUGGCUCUGAGACGCCGCCUGGUAGCACGACGAACAAGGAAGCUGUUGCGGAGGUCUCGCCCAGGAGCACAGUGGAGUUCCUCGCUGGCCGUCCGAAUGUGCAGGCUAUCGUUGCUGGGGAAGCAGAGGAGGCCAAGGCCAACUCUUCCCGUCUGGCAGUUCUGACCUGUGGACCGGCGCAGAUGGCGGAUGAUUGCCGGCAGACGGUGUACGAGGUGAUGAAGGGCGGAUUCAGGGAUAUCGAGUACUUUGAGGAGGCGUUUGGGUGGUAG